CUAUCCCCUGGUCCUCUCACGCACGCUCACCCAACCAUCUCCCAUGGCAGCCACGUCUCCCUCUCUCCUCCCUCAGCUCGCUGGUGCUUGCCGCACAGUCUCGAGCUCCCCAUGGUGCGCGGUCCUGGUCCAGCCCCUGUUCUUCUCUCUUCUCCUCCACCGCAUCCUUCUCCCUAGACACCCCUUCGGCCGAGCAUCCUCUCUGCCGGAGCUGCCUCAACGCCCGCACUCCUUCAGGUUCUUCCAUGGCGAUCGUCGUUGAACUCCGUGCGCGCGCCUGCUCCUAUGCCGCGACCCCCAGUUCCCUCCCAUGGUGCUCUUCCUCGGCCACUGCUUCCCCAGCCACGAGUUCCCCCUGCUCGGCAUCUCCUCGAGAUUGCCUUAGCUCGAUGCCCAGUUUCUUUCUCCAUCGCGCCCUGCUCGAUUUCACCCCUGUGUCGCGUGCCCUGGCAUCUGCGUGCUCCGCGCGCGCCCCUUCCUCCUGCUUGGAUCCGACCAUCAUUCUGGCAGCUGGCCACGCCCCUGCCCCUGCUUCUCCCUCGCCAGCGCGCGUCCUCUGCUAAAUCGUCUCUAGCUCGCCCUGGAUGGCAUUCCUCUCCCUGCGCACAGCUGCGAGCUCCGCUCUGUCGCUCGGUCCUUGCUGUAGCUCGCGCCCAGCUUCCCUAUGCGCGCUUAGCUUGGAGCUCCCGCAGCCUAGCUCGGGUCUUUUCCAUGGCCACGCGCACCUCAAGCUCGACUCUCUGGUGUCGCACGCGUGCCUCUUGUUCGCCCCUGCUUGGACUGUGUUCACCCUCUGCAUGUGUCGAGCUCCUCUGUUGUGUGCGCGAAUCUGUUGUGUGCGCAAAGUUCUCUGCUUGCAAUGGCGUGUCGAGCUUCCGUGUCGAGCUCCUCUCUUCCGUGCCGGUCGUCGUCUCCGAGCCGAUUCUUGGCUGUCGCAGUAUUUUUAGUUAUCCGGCUGCGUCUGUGGUCGUCAAGUGUGUCUGUUGCCGUGAACUCGCCUGUGGUGCCCACUCUGUCUCUGGUCCGCGCUUCCUUCAGCUCGGCCAGGCGGGGCAUCGUUCCGUGCUGUGCUCGCCCAAGUCGUUGCCGUCAAAUCAUCGGAGUCGCUCAACUCGCCAAUCGCAUCUUGGCCGAUUGUCAAUUUUCUAUUUGCCAUGGUACAACACAACUAUUAGAUCUGAUCUCCAAACCGCCAUGGCGUCCGUCGUCCUCUGCUCCCAGCCCGACCUAUCUGUGCGCUCUCUCUUCGUCCAUCGGGCUUCGCGCGUGCUCGCAUUUAUCGUCGGGUUGUUGAACCCGUCCUUCCUUGCUUGUGACUUCGUCAUCGCCAGAGCCCUCACUGGAUUCGUGUCCUCGCCAGCUCACUCCAAAUUCGGUCUCGUCGUCGUUCCGUGCGUCAUCAAGAAAUCCCAAGAAUCUGGUGAAGAUGAAGCUAGCAGGGUGAUAUUCACCAAGUACUCGACAAAAGCUCGCACAAGUCGUCGAUCGACAUCCUCGUCUACGCCAAGCCCCUAAGCUGUGAAGACACUCUGGUGCUGGCCACACGUCACCAGCUCAACAAAAGGAAUACAUGGAUAUUUGGUCAAGAAUAGAAACUGUGUGCCUCGCUCGCCAGACGGGUGUGAUCAAUGACGUCGACCAGAAACCGUCAUCGUGCUUCCAACUAUCGCGUCGAAGUAGUCAGGGUAUGUUAAUUAAUCACGUGAUGUGGAAGACGACCCAAGUCGACCCCAAGCGCGGGCUACUCCGCAUAGUAAAGCGAAUGGACGAACCUGAAGAUGGGAUGAUCUGAUCAAGUGCUAGGACAAGGAUGAUCGUCAAGUGAACAUCAUCUAACAACACUAACCUAGUGUUACCCAGGCAAGCCCCGGUGCAUUUGCCACCUCCUUGUGUUUUAAAAUCUUUAUCACCUUGUUUGAUGCAUUAGGUGAUAGGAGUUGUGUGCUAAACCGUUGAUGCAUUUCCUUCCUUGGAAAAUUGAAUACCCUUCCUUGACACCCUUUUAUAAAAAUGAUUUUUGAUGCUUAGCCUUGCUUUAGCAAACAAAAAUGUUUUCUUUUAAAACAAAGGUGACGCUUCAGUGGGUGGGAAUGUUUUUAAAAAUAAAACUUGAUGGUGAAUCCAUCAUGGUCGUGAUGGGUUCAACAACAGAAAAGAUGUACCUCUGCCAGAUACCAAACUUUGCGUUGAAAAUAAUAAAGCUGAGACCGGGCGGUUGACUUGCACGAGAAAGGAGUCUCGGUGUAGUGUCUCCGUCUGAGUCGAUUAAGGACCUUGUCGAUGUAGGCUUGCUGAUCGAGGACCCUGUUGGGGGUCUUCGUCCUCCGAAGGUCCUCAAAAACAUGAUUUGACAAUGUUUUCCAAGUGGAUUAUGUGAACAGGUAUCUUCGGACUCAGAAUUACGAACAUGAAGUGCGGUCAGGACGAAGCCUGAACCAGACGAAGGACGGGCUGAUUACCAAGCUCCACAAAGGAUGGUGCACAGCCGAAGCUGUGUGCAGAGAAGCUUCGUCGCGAUAAUAGAGGGGGGAACCGACUUAAAGAUGAAAAGACUACGUGGACCUUGUCAGAUUUCCAUAAGUCAUUGACAAAUGUAAUGGACAUAAAUGUAAUUUUACGUGGGCUGCGUCCCGCGUCUAUAAAUAGAUGAACAGUACUCCCGUACUGUUCAGGCUGACUUGGCAUUUGCUUUUGCGUCACGCUUGUACUUUCUACCUUCUCUCAGGACCGAAGGUACAUUUGUAAUUUGAAAUCAUUUCUAUUUUUCCAUGUUAAUAAAAUAGAAAUGAUUUUAUGAUGAUGCUUAUAUCAUAUUUCAUGCUUUA